CGCGGGCGGGGAGGGGCCCUGCGGGGAGCGCCCGGCUCGAGUGUCCGGCCGGGGCCCCUGCGCGGUCCGCGCGCGGUCAGCGCGCCGUGACGCAGUCCGGCUGGCCAACAUGGGCUCCUUGGCGGAAGUGAACGGCGCCUUCGCGCUGGACCUGCUGAAGAAGCUGUGUGAGGACAGCCCCAGGAACGUGUUCUUCUCCCCAAUGAGCAUCUCAUCCGCGCUGGCCAUGGUCUUCAUGGGGGCCAAGGGCAGCACCGCCGAGCAGAUGCACCAGGCCCUGUGUUUCAGCAGGAGCAAAGGCGACAUCCACCAAGGCUUCCAGUCCGUCCUCAGCGACGUGAACAAGACCGGCACCCAGUAUUUGCUGAGGACGGCCAACCGACUCUUCAGCGCCAGCGGCUUUGAGAUCCUCUCGUCCUUCAAGGAGUCCUGCCUCAAAUUCUACCACGCCGAGAUGGAGCAGCUCGACUUCGCCGGCGCCUCGGAGGAGUCCCGACAGCACAUUAACUCCUGGGUGGCCGAGAAGACCGAAGAUAAAAUUAAGAAUCUUCUGGCUCCAGGCGCCGUGGAUUCACUCACGGCACUGAUUCUGGUCAAUGCCAUUUACUUCAAAGGAAACUGGGAGAAGCAGUUUCAGAAGGAGAACACCCAGGAAAAGCCCUUCAAAGUCAGCAAGACCGAGACCAAGCCCGUGCAGAUGAUGUAUCAGAAAUCCACCUUUCCGAUGACCUACAUCGGAGAUAUCUUCACCCAAAUUCUGGUGCUUCCCUAUGCCGGCAACGAGCUGAACAUGAUCAUCAUGCUUCCCGACGAGAACACCGACUUGAAGACGGUGGAGGAGGCGCUCACGUACGAGAAGUUCGCCGAGUGGACGCGGCCCGACAUGCUGGACGCCGAGGAGGUGGAGGUGCUGCUGCCCCGCUUCAAGCUGGAGGAGAGCUACGACCUGAAGGGCGUCCUGGGCGCGCUGGGCGUGCGGGACGCCUUCGAGCCGUCCGCGGCGGACUUCUCGGGCAUGUCGUCCCGGCAGGGCCUGUGCCUGUCCCAGGCGGUGCACAAGGCCUUCGUGGAGGUCAACGAGGAGGGCACCGAGGCGGCGGCGGCCACGGCCGUCAUGAUGGUGCUGCGCUGCGCCCGGAUCGUGCCCCGCUUCUGCGCCGACCGCCCCUUCCUCUUCUUCAUCCAGCACCGCCAGACCCAGGCCCUUCUCUUCUGCGGCCGCUUCGCCGGCCCCUGAGCCCCGCCCCCGGCCCUGCGCCCAGAGCCC